AAGCCCCCUCCCUUGCGAAGGCUGUUGCCUCCUGGGCUGUCCUCCCACGCCCCGCUCCGCUGACGCUGGCGGAGCCGGGGUCUGGGGCAAAUCCCGCCCCUUCCCCUGGGAGGGCGUGGCGCCGGGUUGCUGGAGUGCUGAAGGCCUUAUCGGCGCCGGAGCUCUGGCUGUGCUAGGCCUGGGACCACGUCCUUUGGAAUUUCCGAAGUCCACUCUUAAGCAUGUCCAGGCGGCCGCUGACGGCCCUGUCUUUGGGCCAGGAGCUCCUCUGCCUUGGACUUAACUCGGUUUCUAAGAUGAGGAAGUGGAGAUUGGGAGUUGAAGUGUUGCAACAGCUCUAGCCAGCGUUCUGGCGGGCAGGACCCUGACCCCCAAGGCCGCAGUGGUGCUGACACGUGCAGUGGCCACCCUUGCUGGAACUAGUCCCAAGCGGGUUGAAUGGAAGCGGGCGGGAGGAAGCAGCCCAGUCCUAAGCAGGACUUGAAGUGCCUGCUGCAGACAACAUGUCUUCCAACGGCCCAGGGACAGAGGUGGAAGCUGACACCCAGGUGACUGCGGAAGAACCUGUGCAGCAGCCGAGCGUGGUGGCCCGGGUGGCCAGCAUGCCCCUCAUCAGCUCCACCUGCGACGUGGUGUCCGCCGCCUAUGCCUCCACCAAGGAGAGCCACCCGCAGGUCAAGGCCGUCUGUGACGCGGCGGAGAAGAGCGUCAAGACCCUCACCGCAGCCGCGGUCAGUGGGGCCCAGCCCCUCCUGUCCAAGCUGGAACCCCAGAUCGCGUCGGCCAGCGAGUAUGCACACAGGGGCCUGGACAGACUGGAGCAGAGCCUGCCGGUCCUGCAGCAGCCCCCGGAGAAGGUCCUGGCAGAGACCAAGGAACUCCUGGCGUCCAGGGUUUCCGGUGCCCGGGAAAUGGUGUCUGACACCGUGUCCAGUGCCAAGGAUGCUGUGACCACCCGAGUGACGGGGGCGGUGGACAUGACCUGUGGGGCAGUGCAGAGCGGCGUGGACUUGACCAAGUCGAUGGUGACCAGUGGUGUCCACUCGGUCAUGGGCUCCCGCGUGGGACAGAUGGUGAUGAGCGGGGUGGACACGGUGCUGGGCAGGUCAGAAGCGUGGAUGGACAACCACCUGCCCAUGACGAAUGACGAGCUGGCGCGCAUCGCCACGUCCCUGGAGGGCUUCGACGGGGCCUCAGUGCAGCAGCAGCGGCAGGAGCAGAGCUACUUCGUGCGCCUGGGCUCGCUGUCAGAGCGCCUGCGCCAGCACGCCUACCAGCACUCCCUGGCCAAGCUGCGCGGCACCAGGCAGAGGGCCCAGGAGGCCCUGCAGCAGCUGGCGCAGGCGCUCAGCCUGAUGGAGACCGUCAGGCAGGGCGUGGACCAGAAGCUGGUGGAGGGCCAGCAGAAGCUGCACCAGAUGUGGCUCAGCUGGGACCAGAAGGAGCCGCAACCGCAGGGCGCACAGGACCCGGCCAAGCCAGAGCAGGUGGAGCUGCAGGCACUCGCCAUGUUCCGGGGCAUCACCCAGCAGCUGCAGACCACCUGCACCUCCCUGGGGUCCAGCAUCCAGGGGCUGCCCGCGCACGUGAAGGACCAGGCGCAGCAGGCCCGCCGCCAGGUGGAGGCGCUGCAGGCCACCUUUUCCAGCGUCCACUCCUUUCAGGACCUGUCCGGCAGCAUCCUGACGCAGAGCCGCGAGCAGGUCACCAAGGCCCGAGAGGCCCUGGACCACAUGGUGGAGUACGUGGCCCAGAAUGCCCCCAUCACGUGGCUCGUGGGGCCCUUCGCCCCUGGGGUCACUGAGAAAGCCCCGGAGGGGAAGUAGGGAGGAGCGGGCACCUCCCUUCCAGGGCCGCCGCCCCGUGGCCACCAUCAAGCCUCCUGCCAUGGUUGAUGUUUCCAGUGAAAAAAUUUUUCUAGAAAGUUCCAAAGCAUUUUUUCUCUUUUUAAGAAUCCAGGAAGGGCUGGGGAGAUGGCUCAGUCGGUAGAGUGCUUGCCUCGCAAGCACACGGCCCUGGGUUCAAUCCCCAGCACCGCAAAAAAAGAAAAAAAAUUAAAAAAAAAAUAAAAUAAACAAGAAUCCGGGAUAUAGCUGUUAUAUUGUACUUGCUUUCCUGCAUCGAGGCCCCGGGUACUGGGCAUUUGUAAGUGGACUUGGACCCCUGGUCCAAGAAGCUGG